GUUUGCCCUCUGAGUUCGGUGGCCAGGCUGAGCUCGGGAUUCUCUCGCGCAGCUCUAACGCCUGGGCCACUGGCCCCAAGCACCUGGAGUGGUCCAAGGAGGCCAAAGCGGUUGUCGACGAUGCUGUCGUUUUCCAGGGACACCGCCUGGAGCUGCCGCAGUUUGCAGGUCCUCGGCCUUGGGCCUACAAUGCGGGCUAUCAGUCCUCGUUCGCGGCGGCGGCCAAGACAGGCGACGGUGAGCGGGAGACGUAUGGGGGCACUGCCGUGUUGGUCAAGGCACACUUUGGCUCGGCCGAUCAUGAACGUUCCAAUGUGGUGCACAGGCUGGUUGGGCGGAGAGUUGCAGCCUCCAGGAGGAACCAAGUCCUGUUUGCGCCCGCGCACAGGCGCGCCACCCUCGGCGUUGCGGGGGCCAACCAGGACUUCCUCGACCAGGUCAGCGCGUUUGUGACAGAGGCUGGCAUACCAUUCGUUAUUGCUGGCGAUUGGAAUGUCGACGCCGAAGAGCUCCGCCAAUCUCAGUGCUACGAUUUGUUAGUCAGUAGCUCCUGCUUGGACUAUUACGUCGGCUGGUGCCAGGCGACCGUGGGCACCCCCGUCGGCCCGCAUCUAAAUGUCGAGCUUGCGCCGCGGGGCCUGGCUGGCUCGGCCAAGGUUGCGGCUGCGCGCUGGUUUGACGCAGCUGCGAAGGCCCUCUGCGAGGUCCACGGAAUCCAGGGUCGCAAGUGUUCGGGGCGCUCUCGAGGCUGCAAGCUGCAGCUAGUGCCGCCCCAAGCGGCUCGGGGCCAAGAGCUGCACGUGCGCUCCAAGCUUCUAACGCACAAGCGGCUUUCUCCCGGGCGCCUGGCCCUGCAGACUGUGGAAGGUCGCGAGGCGCAGCAAGUGCAAUCCGCGGCUGCCCCCCUCCGCGAUUAUUUCCCGUCGGCUCUCGUGGAAGGGCUACGCGACCUGGCCCUGGCCCCCCUUUCUGAAGAGCUGAGCGGGCCCGAUCGUCGAGGGCAGUUGGCGGAUAUGCUGCAGGACGAA